UAUUUUCUGCGGUUAUAUUGUUUAAUUAUUUUCACAUUCAUUUCACUGUGAUCCUUAGAGACCGAAACUAUUUGGUCUUGAAGAAAAUAAUAAAGAAGUGUUCCUUUUAUUUAAAUCAUGUAGAUUAAUUAGAAGCUACCCCACACCAUUUAAAUAAGUAAAUAAAAAUGAAAUUCUUGUCAAUAGAUCGGUUAGAGAUUGGAAUUCUACUUUAUGUUCGCUAAAUAGCGAUAUUCGAACAAGUAUUUUAGUGAUUCUUUAUUCACAUUAUGGAAAAUGGGCAUAAUGCUGCUGCUAGUUCCUCAACUAGACAUCACAAACGGAUGCCCUCCUUUGUGGACCUUCUACCAGACUUUAAAGGGGCAGAUUCAAUAUCAACACAAUGUUCAGAAAUUAUGGAUCACUUCAGCUUGGAGGUAGCUCAACUGAUUGCUUCAAAAACUGUUGUUAAAGAAAUUGAGGAAUUGAGCCAUCAGAUCUGUAAAUAUCACUCAUUAGCUCUUACAAUUGGUACAAAUAUUGAUGGUUCCUCUCUGCGACAAGAGCUUUUGGAGAGACAGCAGAAAGCCUGUGAUAAAGUAAUCUCUACCACCAGUCAGCUGUCAAAUGCAUUUAGGAGGGUAGACAUUAUACCAAAGAAAGAAAUCAGUGAUCUGGAGCGUGCUUGCAGGAUACUAGUAGCCUGCAUACACACCUUAGAUCGAGAAUUAAGAAGAACCAUGAAUCUCUACCAUCUUUUUCCUUUGGUGCCAGAUCUAGAAUGUACAAAAGAGUCUCACCUUGUAAAGACUGGUUACUUUGAAAAGAAUGAUUUUAAAGUUCCUCCUCUGCUUUCAUUUCAUGCUUCUCCUUCAGAAAAAUAUUUGAAGGAGAGAGAAAGUUGGAAAGAGCUUGAGAAAGAGAUCUUGAGAGUGCAUGAUUUGGAUGUAGAACUUCAUAGAGACAGUGUACUGGGGCCAAUAUUAGACUACUUAACUCUCUGCCCAAUGGGAGAAAUACCAGGAAGUACAGUCUCGCUUGAUGAUACCAGUGACUUGCCUGCUGGAUACUGUGAUGAAGAGACCCUGUUUCAGAAGAAAAGCAACUUGAUCUGCUACAUUUCAGCCAUUAUUGCUGUGGCUUGUAUCGGGGGUGGAGUAUUGAUGGGAGUCAUCUUCAUGAUGGUACAAUGAAUCUUCUUCUGACAUUAACAUGAAAGAUCCGUCCACUCGAUGAUCCCGAUCGAUCUCUCAGGAGUUGAGGAGAAAGAAGCUCAAACAGUCCCUUGCAAAAACUCUUUAAUAGCUAGACUCCAAUAGCUAGACAAUGGAUGAAAGUUUAUUAACUUAUUGUAACUACACUAAUAUGCCACAGUUGUUGCAGCUCACACCUACAACAGCAGUUUUGAGGGACCCUUCCUACUUUAAAUAUUAAGAAUGAUAUAAUGAUCUCAAAGUCAUUGAGGAACCCUGUGGCAGAAUUUUAAUCGGGCUUUCUGCGACAUACCUCUCUAGUACUAAUAUUUUUUUACAAGAUCAAAAAUAGCAAAUAUGCAUGUUACUAAUUUAAAGUACCAAAAGCAUAAACUUCAAAAAAAAAAUAAUAAUUAUAAAUAAAAAUUGGAUCAAAUAAAAAAAUUUUUUAAAUUGAAUAUGUAAUAUUUUUUUUCUAAUAUUUUGGGCGAUAUUCGCGCCUUUUGUUGGGGAAUAACACACUAAUUAUUUCCUUUUUUGCACAUUUGUAAUUCAACAUCACAUUAAAAUUAAAAAAAUCGGGAAAUUCUUAGCAGCAACUACCGAAAAAAAAAGAUCAACUGCUAAAUCAUGCUAAUCAGACUCUUUAAAAAGGGGUUACUAAAUGCGUGUUUUCUUUUCGAGAUUCAGUUGUUGUAAUAAAUAAUACUGUAUUAAAAAUAUCGGAUUUUAAAAGCUAUGUGGAAAUCAAUAGUAAUAACUGCAUGAAAAAAUAGAACGAAAAUUUCUACGGAAAAGAAAACCAAAUUGUUUACUUCAUUGCUUUUUAUUUUUAACUGUCCUCAAAUACAAAAUAGAAAAAUCACAAGCAUUUUUUCCUCACUCCAAUGAGUGUGAAAAGCAUCUUUUAAAUAUAAUUCUGUAUAAAAGAUAAAAAUCUUUCGAAAAUUCAUGCAGAAAAUAAAAGCAAAAUAUUUUUACUUCCUAAAGAAAAUAUCUUUCUGCUAGAACUCGGUAACGUUCUGAAACUAUGUUGCUGUAACGCAUGAUUCUGCCACAGGGUUGGGGAACUACUUACAAAAUGAUUUGAAAUGUUUUAUUUCAGUUGUAAAAUCUAUCUACAGAAUAUCUCGGUGAUUAAAGUUACUGAGCUGUCAAUGUGCAGGAUUGAGAUUUGAUCCUCAGGGGUGGCUCGAAGACCACCCAGCUGCAUAUCGACUGGCACCAGCUUGCCUGGAAAGUAAAGGCUGUCAGUGCACAAUGCUAUCAUCAUUCCAUUGGUCACAAAAUUAUGUGGAGCCUUAACCGCUUCCCGUACCAAUUUUUUUAAAGAAAAAAAAUGCCAAAAAAUCAAUAUUUUUCUUUUAUUUUACUAAUGAAUACAAGAAACUCAAACAAAACAUAAUACACAAGUUCUAAGUUGAAAUUUAAAUUCUUUUAUGUGUAAAAAAUAUCUAUAAUUUACCAUCAGUUUACUAUCCCAAAUUAUCUUGGGCAAAUGAAAAAGUUAAAUAUUGCUAUUCUUUUGUAUAUGUUCACAUCUUCAUAAUCUGAAAAAUCAUCUGCUUUACUUUCGCUCGCAAACACCAUUUUUUUACUCUUUUUUCUUUAUAAAUUCAUCAACCAUCAUAUAUACAAUUGCACAAAAUACGUCUGCAGUCCCAAUAACAGCAAAACUCCCAAACAAAAAUUGGCAAACUUCCAAUCACAGCAGAUUAGUAUUAUUUUUUGUUUUGCUGACGGAAUAAAAGCGUGAUAAAACAAAACGUAUUGACGAAUUCUGCUAUGAUCGAGUUUACUCGGGAUAAUAAAUACUUGCAAUAUAUAUGUACACGAGUUAACUCGGGAUAAUUAGGGAAGCGGUUAACCUCUGUGACUGCCUUGGCUUACAGCGGGCUGUUGCAAGAAUAAUUUUUAUUUUGUUUUCAGCUAUUUGGAUAAUUUAAGUUCUACUUUGCUUUCCAAAAAUGUAUAUACAAUAAUACUUUCAUUGAUAUUUUAUUCAUAAAUAUUGCACUUGUAAUCUAUGUUAUUCAUAGAGAGAAUCUUUAUUCAAACAGAGCAUUUAAACAAAUUAUUAAUUUUAUAACUAAACUGUAGAACUCCAAUAAUCUGGAAUGUCGUUCAGAUUGUUUUGGGAACAAAGAAGAUAAAUUAUAAAACUCAAUGAUGCCAACUACUUCGGAUUUUCUAUAAUUUUUAUUCUAUUCAGAAUUAUUUAAGUCUUUGUAAAAACUUUUAUUUCCUGGUAUGGUGAGCUUGAAAAAUAUAUAUCACCCUAAAUAUCUUUUGGUCUAAUAAUCAGGUUAAGUACUAGUCUUAGUGAUUCAAGGGGUUGUCCUCAAACUUGAUAAAUAAUUAGUUUUCAUUGUAGAUAAAUUUUUGAGAUCAGAUGCAAAAACUUAUUUUUUCUGAUAUAACUUACUUAAAAAAAAAAGAAAGAAAGAAAGAUUUAGAAACCCCGAAUAUAUGAGAGUAACUGUUAGCUGCAAAAUGUCGACAUAAUAGUUUAGUCAAGAGAGGCCAAAAGUUUGCCCCCCUUUUGCUGUUAAUUUCACUUUUUGUUUUCAAUAAGAAAGAUUAAAAAAAAAAAAAUCAGAAAUUUUUUCUAAUAUUAUAAAAUUUCAAGUUUAUCUAAAAAUGAUUCCAUGCGAAAAAUAGUUUUUAUAAUUAUAUAUUAUUAUUUUUUAGUGUUAAGACUAUUAAAGGUCAAAAAUAUUGUGAAAGUAAGGUAUAAAAAUGUUUAUUUUUAAUAAAAAAAUAUAAAAUUUGUGUGAAUUCGGUCAAAUAGUUGAGUAAGAAAAUUUCAAAAAAGCAUAUUUUUAAAUUUAGUUUUCUAAAAAACUAUUCAGUUAAUUUUGCUCCUAGUUUGUAUUUUUUAAUUUAAAGAUUUUGUAGUUUAAAGAUUAAGUUUUAAGUGAUGUAGUACAAAUUGUUUCUACCAUUAUUAAAGUAAAUUAUAAAAAAAUAUAAUAAAUAAUUUUGAAAAAUUCUUUUUUACAUCAAAUUAUAAGUUUUCCAAUUGUGUUUAAAAAGUUUCUUAUUUGUCAAUAGGGACAUACGAAAUGUCAAUAGGGAAAUACAGCUAUAUUUUUGUGCAUAGUAUUAAAUGUUCAUAUUUUAAACUUGUAAUUUGUGAAGAAUAUGUUUUCUGUCUAAAAGAAUACUGAAAAAACACAAAGAAAGUAUUUAAGCACUGCCUUAUUUAAAGUAUUUUUAAAAAAGAAAUGCAAAAAUGCUUAUUUAAUCAACUCCCCCCCCCCAAAAAAAAUAAUAAUAAUU